AUGACUAACAGGUUGGGCCUUUUAAAUUGUUCAGUUUCUCCUCAUGAGUCAGUAUUUCUCAAAAACAUUGAUUCAAAUGCUAAUAUUGUAAACAAUAUUGCCGAUGCGUCUCUUAUUUUUUACUAUAAAAAUACCACUCCCAAGGUUAUUGAAGCUGAAUUCAUUUAUCCAUUGGACCCGAAAGCUGCGGUCUAUUACUUCGAUGCUGUAAUUGGGAACAAACAUAUAUUAGCUAAUUGUAGAGAACGUCUUGGGUCCGGCGGAAAAUCUAAAAUACUAGUAAGCGCUGAUCGCAACAUGUUUAUGAUGCUCAAAAGUCUUCCGCCUGAAAAUUUUUUUAAAAUGAAAGUUGGUGGCAUACCUGCUGGAGGGGAUGUCGUUUUAACGUUCAGAUAUGUCGCUCCCUUGGUCGUCGAGGCAUCUGAUAAUUUACAAAUUGGAUUCAAACAUUUACCAAACACUGUUGGCUCGCUUUUACUAAUUCCAAGAGACAUCUCCUCUUCCAAAUCAGUGGUGAAAAUUAGGUUUUCCGCUGAAAUUUAUUCAUCAAAAGAGAUUCUUUCUGUUAUAUCUAAAAGCCAUAAUUUGAAGGUAGACUUCUUGGACUCGAAUAAGAAGCACGCAAGAGUAUCAUUACCAUAUGAUAUUGAUUCUGUCCAGGAUUUUGGAUUGGAGAUUACAACGCAUAACUCUCACGAACUAGUAUCAGUAUUGGAAGUUGGGAAUGGUAUCAAGGAGAGUUUCUUGAGUAAUCACUGCAUUGCGGCAUCGUUUCUUCCAAGUAUUCCUCAACUAGAGAUUAAUGAUGGCCAAAAAUGCGAGGUGAUUUUAAUUAUUGAUUGUUCUGGUAACUAUGACAGCAACAUGUUCGAGAAGCUCAGAGAUGCUUUACUUCUUUCUCUAAAGUCUUUACCGAAACAGUGCCGUUUUCAGAUUAUCUCAUAUGGUGUUAAAUAUCAUGUCUUGUUUCCAAAACCAGUUGCAUACUCAAAGUUGAAUCUUAUUAAAGCCUUGCAUUUCCUUACUCGACUUUGCACAGAAGAUGGUGGCUCGGGUUUAUUUGGGGCACUCAAUCUCACUUAUAGUACUCCAUUAACAGAAAAAAGUCGUUUUCGUCAAAUAAUUUUGCUAACUGGUGGUGAUAUUAGCCAACCAACUGAGGUAAUAAAACUUAUUAGCGACAAUCAAAUGAACACGCGUUUAUCAGUCGUCUGCACAGCGAAUCUACAUGAAAAUUCAGCACUCUGGGCAGUGGCCAAUGCUGGAAGAGGCUCACUGAAAAAUAUUCGAGAGAAGUAA